GGGCGAGCGGGCGGGCGGACGGGCGGACGGGCGCGCGGGCGCGCGGGCGCACGGGCGGACGAGUGGACGGGCGAGCGCAGCGCCGAGGCCCGGCCAUGGCCACCACCAGCACCACGGGCUCCACCCUGCUGCAGCCUCUCAGCAACGUCGUGCAGCUGCCCAUCGAUCAGGUCAACUUUGUAGUGUGCCAACUCUUUGCCUUGUUAGCAGCCGUUUGGUUUCGAACUUAUCUACAUUCAAGCAAAACUAGCUCUUUUAUCAGACACGUAGUUGCUACCCUUUUGGGCCUUUAUCUUGCAUUUUUUUGCUUUGGAUGGUAUGCCUUACACUUCCUCGUACAAAGUGGGAUUUCCUACUGCAUCAUGAUCAUAGCUGGAGUGGAGAGCAUGCAUCAAUGUUGUUUUCUGUUUGCUUUGGGAUACCUCACAGUGUGUCAGAUUACUAGAGUCUAUAUCUUUGAUUAUGGACAAUAUUCCGCUGAUUUUUCAGGCCCAAUGAUGAUCAUUACGCAGAAGAUCACUAGUCUGGCUUUCGAGAUUCAUGACGGGAUGUUUCGGAAGGAUGAAGAACUGACUCCCUCGCAGAGGGGAUUAGCUGUGAGGCGCAUGCCAAGUCUCCUGGAGUAUGUAAGUUAUACCUGCAACUUCAUGGGUAUCCUGGCAGGCCCUCUCUGCUCUUACAAAGACUACAUUACUUUCAUUGAAGGCAGGCCAUCCCACAUGUCACAGGCCAGUGAAAAUGGAAAAGAAGAGCAGCAGCAUGAAAGAGCAGACCCGUCUCCAAACGCAGCAGUUACGGAGAAGCUCCUAGUCUGCGGACUCUCUUUAUUAUUUCACUUGACCAUCUCCAACAUGCUGCCUGUGGAGUACAACAUCGACGAGCAUUUCCAAGCCACCGCAUCGUGGCCAGCCAAAGCCACCUAUCUGUACAUCUCUCUUUUGGCUGCCAGACCUAAGUACUAUUUUGCAUGGACCUUAGCUGAUGCCAUUAACAAUGCGGCAGGCUUCGGUUUCAGAGGCUACGACAGGAACGGAGUGGCUCGUUGGGACUUGAUUUCCAAUCUGAGAAUUCAGCAAAUAGAGAUGUCAACAAGUUUUAAGAUGUUUCUCGAUAAUUGGAAUAUCCAGACAGCUCUUUGGCUCAAAAGGGUGUGUUAUGAACGAGCGACCUUCAGUCCGACGACCCAGACAUUCUUUCUCUCCGCCAUUUGGCACGGGGUCUACCCGGGAUACUAUCUGACGUUUUUGACAGGAGUGUUGAUGACGGUAGCAGCGCGGGCUGUGAGAAGUAACUUCAGACAUUAUUUCAUUGAACCCCCUCAGCUGAAGUUGUUCUAUGACAUCCUCACGUGGGCAGCGACACAGAUAACCAUCAGUUACACGGUUGUCCCCUUUGUGCUUCUCUCUAUAAAACCGUCGUUCACGUUUUACAGCUCCUGGUAUUACAGCCUUCACAUCUGCAGCAUCUUAGUGCUGCUCUUGCUGCCUGUGAAGAAGUCUCAAAGAGGAAGGAGCACACCGGAAAACGUUCAGCUCUCAUGGGCCAAAAAGUUUGACGAAAGAGAAAAUUCUCUGGGACAGAACAGCUUUUCCACGACAAACAAUGUUUGCAAUCAGAACCAAGACACUGCCUCUAGACUCUCGUCACUGACACAGUGACUGGGGGAGCGCGUGAUGGCGGUUUCCCGUCUGUGAACAGAAAAACCAGUCUUGACGCCUUUCCAGAGACUGACUGGGUGGAAAUGGGACAGUCUCAGUUAGGGGAUUUCCUGUACACCAGAUUGGAAAUGGAAUGAAAUAACCCUCCCCAUGCCAUGUUCCUGUGGGUCACGCCUUAUACAAAAUCUUUCCAUAUUUCAAUAGGGCACUCUGACCUCAGCAUAUGCCCUCAAGGUCAUGUGUGUGCCCUGUUGCUGAAUGUACAUUGCGUAUCCCAAGGCACUGAAGAGGUGGGAAAAUGAUCAUGUCAAUCCGGAUGAUUGACAGGUUAACUUUUUCCAAAUGAAUGUCUUGCCUUAAACCUCCUGUUUCCUACAAUGUUGUUCCUGGAUGGUAUUUUCCAGGUGAGGAGACGAUUUCAAUAUCUGAUGUGGUGUGCUGCAGAGCGGGAUGGAGGAGGAUUUUUAAACCGGAUAUUUAAGAUUGUGGGUACUUGAAAAAUGCAAUAAACAUCUCAGUAUUUGAAAGGUUUCUUAAGGUAGCUCCGAGGACUGCACAUUAGAAGAGUCAGCAGUCAGGGCUGUCAAAUUACAGGUAGCUUGUUUUGCUGGGAGCUUAAUCACCUGGAGUCGGUUAGGAGGCCCUUUCAGGAGGACUUUCUAAAACAUAAUUAAAGGUUGGCAAUGUGAUAUUUUAGGGUUAUUUUCUUAAGAAAAAAAAAAAAAACAAAAACAAAAACUAAGAGGGCAGAUGAGGUGAGCAGGGCCAGAAUGCAGAAAGCACCGUGGGGUCCGCAGCCAAAGGCAGAGGGCUUCCCCGCUCCGUGUCCAAGAUCAGUGUGAUUGUGCGGGACACGAGAGUUCAAUCCGUUGAUAAUACUGUGGACUUUCUGGAGAAAUUUCUCGAGCAUAAAUUACAUAGAAUUAGAGGAGAUUGUAAGAGUAACAGUAGUAGGUUAUUUGAAGAUUUUGAAAGAAAUCUCUAGGAAUUAAGGGUAUUGUCUGGUUCAUUGGUUUCUUGUCCCUGUCAUGUUCGUCGCUAUUUGGGGAAAGUUUUAGGGAAAGAAAACUUAGUUGCUGAGUCUAAGUGACACUUUUUUAAAUUAAUAAAUUAGUUUCUACAUUCUUUAACUCCACGCAUUAAAAUUCUUCCAUUAAACUCGUGUGAAAAUGGGUGUAAGAGUCUAUCAAAACAAAUACAUGUUUUCCUCUUAGGGGCUGCUCUUGCCUUGAGUGACUGGGUGUGUCUUUGACCCAGUAGCAUCGUGCUGUGGGAUACAGCAGCUGUAAGCAUGUAAGCAAGGGGUGGAUUUGAGGCCGUGGAACUGAGCCAUGGACUGUAGGUUCUGCCUUGUGAGAGACAAAGGCUGGGCUUUUGAGCCGCUCUGUUAUUUGACCAAUCUUUUUAUGAAAUUUGUUUUGGUUUUGCCUUAAAUUUUCAAAUGAAAUGCAAAUUGUCAGUCUACGAUGAGGUUUUUGGUUUUUGUUUUUUGGUCACUAAUACACUUGGGAGUGAAGUUAAGGAGGAACCAGCAGUGGUGGGGUAGUUUAAGAUUUCAGUGGAAGGAAAAGGUGCAGCGGCCAGUGUGGCGUUCUCGGACUUUGAGGUAUGUGUGGCACCUUCGCUUUUCCCAAGGUGGGUUGUUUACCUCUGACGAGGAGAGUCCUCCCACUGCCUCUCCCAGGGAAAGGACUGGUAAAAACUUUUUCAUAGUUUGCCGAGGUGUUGAAAUCCACCUCGCUGUAGAAUUCGAGAGGAAAGAAAAGAGUGUUUACGGAGGGUACCUGCCCCCAAAUGUCUCUGCGAUUUCGUGAAUACCGUGGAGAAUCCAGUCACUAUUAAAGACAACCCUAGGCAUUUGAUAAGGGAAGGCUGGAGAGCCGGUAGAAACUGCUGAGGACUUGCUGGGUCUACCCAGAACUUACCCAUAACCCCCAUCUAUUUCUGUUACCCGAACACAUUUUAUUUCUGGGCCUGUACACUCAAGUGGCUGUCGCUUGUUUCCUCUCAAAGAAUUUAUAAUCAUAGUACUAUCAUCCAAAAAGCAAGACAAUAACCGUUGUUCUAGUUCCCGGAAGAUGAUGCACGGAACAUCCAAUCUGACCGAUUUCUUUUUUUCAUUCUUCUACAGCUACUAGUUACAUUUAUGAGAUCAUUUUUUUUUUAAUUUUAGAUGGCUGUCUUCUAAUUUGGAGAAAUAAUCAUGAUUAUGCAAUCUAAAAGAAAAUAAAUCAAAUUCUCAAUUUUUCUCAAAAAAUCAUGUUCUAGAAAAUGAACGUCUGGUUGGAAUAUUGUGAAGAUUAUUUUGCCUCUUAUUUAGAAGGAUUUAGGGUAAUGUUUGUGCUACUGUUGAGUGUGAAGGAGGUCAUUAUAAUAUGUGCUUGCUGUGUUUAACCGGCAGAACAGGUUUCAGUGUGUGUUGAUAUGAUUUUUCCAUCCCUCCAUGAAGUCACUCCAGAGAGGGUCUGUCUACAUCAUAUUUAUACUUCUGUUUGAUUAUAUACUACUCAGGGAAAAUAGAACAAAAAUAUUCUUCCCUCGGUUUCAUUUUCUUGAAACAAUAAUUGUUAAUUUGAUGUGUCUCAGCUCACUGUUUUUAAAACAAUGCAUUUUAAUCAGAACUCAGAGUGACUAGGGAAGCUUGCUUAGCUUCUGGAGUACCUAAAGUUGGAGAGAAGACUCUCUGGGCUUCAGGGGUGCCCAGUCACUGUGUCUUAGCAUGCUGGUCCCUAUCACGGAUGACAUCCAUACGGGCAUUUCCACACAUGCCACUUUUGAAGUUGCCAUCUAAAGGGUGAUGACAGCUUCCUGGAAGUACUAAUUGGCUUGGCUGGUCCAUCUGGCUCUUGCCUAGGGAGGCCCACCCCUCACCCCACAUCCUGUAGGGCGAAAGGCAAAGGGAGGGGUAGGUUCACAAAGGGAGCUGGUCACUGUUGGCUGCUUUUGAUUACUGGAGCUUAAGGUGCUGACUUAAAAAAAAAAUGGUUGUCUAGCAACAGGAAGAAUACCUUUUAAUCCAUCAGCUCAGAACGGGUAGUGACAUGCCAUUUCCCCUCUGCUUUCUCUGGUUUCUGUUUCUGCUGGGUAAAACUGGAGCGGAUUUAUGCCAUUAAAUACUCCCUGUAGAUUGCUGAUUUUGAUUACCAGCAUGUAUCUCCUCAGCAAUUAUUUCAUUCAGAGAAUCAACUUAUUCUGUAUUUUAAUGACAGGAAGCAAUUUUAAAUUGCCAUCAAGAUAACCAUAAAGGUUUUACUUUUGAAGACUAGAUUAAACAUUUAGGACAAAUGCUUUUCCGGUUUAAAUCCUGUUCGUCCUCAGUGUUCAACUUGUAUAUUCAUGAGCACAUCUGGACAGUUGUACUGAUCAGAUGUUCCUAAGUAUCACUCAUUGAUUCUAAGAGUUCUAAAUGAUACCUGACACAGACAUUUUUGAGAGGGGAGGCUCGUUUAGAGUGUUUGCUGCGCUGUGGCCACUAAGGAUGGCUCACAUGCUUAGUUAUAAGCCAGUGUUUGGAAGGGUUUCACAUGCAUAGUUACAAACCAGUGUUUGGAGGGGUUUCACAUGCAUAGUUUUAAACCAGUGUUUGGAAGGGUUUCACAUGCAUUGUUAUAAACCAGUGUUUGGAAGGGUUUCACAUGCAUAGUUACAAACCAGUGUUUGGAGGGGUUUGACAUGCAUAGUUAUAAACCAGUGUUUGGAGGGGUUUGACAUGCAUAGUUAUAAACCAGUGUUUGGAGGGGUUUGACAUGCAUGGUUAUAAACCAGUGUUUGGAAGGGUUUCAUUCAGGCAUUAAUAGUCUACCCUGGCUGAAAUUUAACACACCCAGUUUACCCUAGGUGCAAAAUUCCAGCUUACACUGUGACUGUAGCCCUACCUGCCCUGAGGACCAUAGAUACCUGUUACACUCCACUAGUCGCAUCUGAGGAAUGGCUGAUCAUUUAUACACUUGCCUCUGAUGCUUAAUCUCGGCUUCCCACUGCCCUUGGAAAGGUGAGUUUGUCUCAGAGAGGCCUCUGAAUGCGGAAGGAGGGGAUUUGCCUGGAGAAACAAAUCCACUCUGAAUUUUGAGUCUGAUGGAUCAGAACGUGGCAGUUCUCUACAGCGAUUUUUCUGUAACACCGUGUAGUCAAACCUAUUUAUAGUGACUCUCCUUCUGGAAGAAAAUUUCAAACGACAUUUUCCACGUUGAUAUUUUGUAGGAUUGCUCUUCUACUCAACGACUUAAGCUGCUUUCUGAGGCUCUUGUUGUACAGAGAGUGCAGCCAGUGACAUUUUAAUUAGUAGGCUGCUUAAUACUGUUUUGUAUGUUUUCAGAUAAUAAUUUAUUUUAAUAGGUUUUUAACACAAUGCAAACUCCAGUGAAGAGCUGACGAGACGCUCCAUAGGUCAUUGAUCGGGGAAACCUUGUCCAACAGACCCUAACGGCACAUUUAUACGCCAGCUAAUCUGUCUUGCCUUUCAAACGGGUGGUAACUACUCUUAAUGCCAUUUUUUAUAAAGCAGGGGACAGCCUGUCUGUUCUACCACACUUCAAAGACCGAUGUGCGACCACUGUCUGAAACCGGUCCCGUGAGACAUAGCCAGGCCCAGUUAUGUUUUCUUCCAUUUUGCUACUGUAACCAGCGACGGCAUAUAAUGUAAAGCCAAAAAGUUACAGAGUAAGGGAAGUAAGAUGACUGAGAAUCUCUCCGGCGGGCGCAUGCCUGGCAUGGAAGUGACCGGUUACUGCCUAUUGAGAUCAUUGCAAUCUCUAAGCCGCCGCUGCUUCCUGCACAGGCUCUGUUUGGGGUUAACCUCUUUGAGAGACUGAUUUGUUAUUGGUCUUCUCCGUCCUCUGGUGGGGCCGGGGGGGGGGGGGAGGGGGGGGGUGGAGGGGGGGAGGACACGUGUAGAGUGUUUGACAAACUUUUAAAAAUGUGUCUCUUUCCCCAUUUUCAAUGUCUUUGGUUCUGUAUCCGCCCAUCUGUCAGUGAAGUCCAUUUGCUGCUGACUUGAUCACACACACCAAGGCUCCUUCCUGUGUUGACUGAAAAUACAGUCUCGUCUGUCUUUUGUCACUUUUAUGUACGUGACGGCACCUCCACACCAGAAGGAGCGUCACACGAGGUGACAGGAAUGAAAGGGACACGGAUCCCUGGGACGUGGAAGUCCCAUCGCGUCAGGCUGAAGGUGCCUGGCUUCAAAUCUGCCUUCCCUUCCGGCUGAGCACUGGCAGGGUCCUCCCGACCCGAGAGGAGCCUCAGCUCCCACUGCCUGUGCUCACACUAUUUCCCUUUGUUUUCCCAGGUGGAGGAGAAUAUCGUGUGGUGGUCUGUGCUUUUAUUUUGUUUUUAUUAUUCCGAAAUAUUUUUUUAAAGGAGUGUUAUUUUUCAUCCGAUCCACAAACCAGUUCCCAUUGUACGGUGAAUCGAAGCCAUCACUGUGUGGGCUAAGCCGCGCCGUGAUGACUCAUGGCCGUUCUCGUUAGCCCGUGUCCUCAGAGCUGCACGGUGGCUUAUUGCUGGCUUUUAAAGGUGUUUUUAACUUACAUGUUAUUUUUUUCCUCUUAUUUGUGUGUCUUUAAAACUGAUUAAACAGUAGUUUAAAAGAA